AAGGAUUAAAAAGUUGAAAAUAUCCGGGCUCUCUUGAACCUGCCGGAACUGCACAGAGCAAGGGAAAGUUGCUUCAGCGGUGUCGCUACAGGAAUUAAAAGCAGUUCAUUCACCAGCUGCUCAGGAGUACUCUGUCUGAGUGGGAGGGUCUGACGGUGCGUGUUACACCACCACUUCACGCGCUGAAGUUGUAGUAGUGGGGAAGUUAUCACCACCAGCGUGGAUUACUGACAGCACCCAGGUGACUGGACCGAUGAGAUGAUACUAAAACACAACAGGAGUCCUCUUCUGCUCACCGUCACCUGCAUGUACUUCUCAGGGGGUCUGCUUUGGUCCUACCAAGAAGAGGAUGCCAGGGACGGUGAAGAGUGCUCUGAAAAUAACAUUUCUACAACAAAGUACCCCUGCGUGAAGUCGACUGGUGAAGUUACAACGUGUUACAGAAAGAAAUGUUGCAAGGGCUUCAAGUUUGUGUUGGGCCAGUGCAUUCCUGAAGAUUAUGACGUGUGUGCUGGCGCCCCUUGUGAGCAACAGUGUACUGACCAUUUUGGUCGAGUUGUGUGCACCUGUUACCCCGGCUACCGCUAUGACCGGGAGCGCCACAGAAAGAGAGAGAAGCCCUACUGCCUGGAUAUUGACGAAUGCGCAGACAAAAACAUGACUGCCUGCUCUCAGAUCUGCAUCAAUUCUGCGGGGAGCUACAGGUGUGAGUGUGAGAGAGGCUAUUUCCUGGAAGAAGAUGGGAAAACAUGCACCAAGGGGGAGAGAGUGCAUCUCUUUGAGAAAUCUGACAAUGUGAUGAAUGCUGGGACUUGCUCAGCCACCUGUGACGAUUUCCACCAGAUCAAGAUGUCUGUCCUGCAGCUUAAACAGAAGAUGGCCAUGCUGUCAAACAGUGCUGACGUCCCUGAACAGAUGACCAGCGAGAAAAUCCUGACAUCCCCUAUAUUUUUACCAGGGCCUCCAGGUCUCCCCGGCCCUCCAGGAGAUCCAGGACCAGAGGGCCCUCCAGGACUUAAAGGAAUGUUGGGGCCCCCUGGCCCUCCUGGUCCCAGGGGCUUGAUGGGACCCAUUGGACCAACACCAGACCUGUACCACAUCAAACGUGGUCCCAGAGGGCCAGUGGGGCCUCCAGGAGCACCAGGAAAGGAUGGCCUAAAGGGGGAUAGAGGGGCUCCUGGGCCUGUUGGACCACCAGGCCCACCAGGCUCCUUUGAUUUCCUGCUCCUUCUGAUGGCUGACAUCCGUAACGACAUCGCCGACCUACAGAGCAAGGUGUAUGGUAGGCCAAUGCACUCUCCAGGGGAAGACUUUGGCACAGUCCCUGACAACUGGAGGGACAACCAGGAGGGUCUGGACACAGGCUCAGGUGAGGACUACAAGGAACCUCCACCUCGAACAGGUGGAGGGACCAAGCGGAGCAAGAAGAGGAAACCAGCUCGCGACAGAACAGACUUUGACUAGAAUAUUUAAAUACUUAACGCCAGGUGUAAAUAUUGAAGUGGUUUUGAUUUUUAUUUAACUAUUUUUUAAACAGAAUGUACUGUAUGUCUUUUGAUCACAGAUGUUUAUUUUUGUAUGAUAUACAAGAUCAUGUGACUAUUUUUUAACAAAAUGAGUAGACUGUGCAAAUGCAUGUUUUAUUUUAUUUUGUAUUUCCAGAAACAUAUGGUUCCUUCACAGCACAUUAAACAAGUCUCUCAUAAAAA